UGCUGACGAGACGUGGAUCAAAUUCUGCGACUCAUCAAGUGGUGAAAAUGGCUGCACUCACCGAGUAUGGUCGACACUGUGGUCAAUCGACAGGCAUUAUAUUCAUUGUGGUGGUGGUUUUCGUACCGUCUGCCACGGCGCUUAUCGAGGGACUGUAUUGUGGCACCCAGAUUUGUUACGAUGUUCUCGGAGUAUCGAGGGACGCGGUUAAAUCGGACAUCGCCCGGGCUUACAGACAGAUCGCCAGAAAGUAUCACCCGGACAGAUUCUCAAGUCUUGCAGGCGAGACAAGAGAAAGUGCUCAUCAAAAAUUUCUGCUCAUUGCGACUGCAUAUGAAACGUUGAAGGAUGAGGAGUCCCGUAGAGACUACGACUACAUGCUGGACCACCCUGAAGAGUACUACAGCCACUACUACACCUACUACAGGAGACGACUGGCGCCUAAAGUGGACGUACGGAUUGUCAUUCUGGUCACCGUGGUUGCUAUAUCCAUCUUCCAGUACUACAGUUGGUGGGCCAGCUACACUGAAGCCAUCAACUACCUGUCAACAGUCCCCAAGUACCGUAUCCAGGCGACGGAGAUAGCCAAGCAGCUGGGUCUCCUGAACAAGACAAAAGAGAAGGGCAAGAACCGGCGGUCCAAAGAGGAGAUCCGGGAACAGGAAGAAGAGGUCAUCCGUGACAUCAUCAAGAACAAGAUCGACAUCAAGGGAGGCUACCAGAAGCCUAAAAUCUUGGACAUCCUGCUCUGUCAGAUUGUCCUGUUCCCUUACUGCCUGUGUGCCUAUGUGGUCUGGUACUGUAAGUGGAUCUACAGGUUCACCAUCUGCAGAGAGGAGUACGGAGACGAGGAGAAGCUCUACAUCAUCAGGAGGAACAUGAAGAUGUCUCAGUCUCAAGACAGUCUGGAGGCAGAGCAGAGAGACACCUUACUGGAGAGGCAGCUCUGGAUCAAAGACAACUAUGAGGUAUACAAGGAAGAACAGGAGGAAGAGAUGAAGACGAAGAUGGCCCUGGAUCCCAGGUGGAAGAGGUACCGACGGUGGAUGAAGAAUGAAGGACCUGGACGGCUCACUUUUAUUGACGAUUGACAACAAAUGCCGAUCGACAGUCACACCUGACUUGUGGCAAUACUUACAGAUACACACUGUGUUAUACCGAUACAGGGCAUUCGGAAAGUAUUCAGACCCCUUGACUUUUUCCACAUUUUGUUAUGUUACAGCCUUAUUCUAAAAUUGAUUGAAUAAAUGAUUUAUUGAAUCUACACACAAUACCCCAUAUUGACAAAGCAAAAACGGAUUUAUUUUUUAUUUUUUGUGUGCCUGGCCAAGCGAUUGCUUAGUUUGUCCGGGCAGCCAGCUCUAGGAAGUGUCUUCUUCUAUUUAAGAAUGAUGGAGGCCACUGUGUUCUUGGGGAUCUUCAAUGCUGCAGAAAUGUUUUGGUUCCUUCCCCAGAUCUCUGCCUCAACACAAUCCUGCCGUAUUAAAAAUGUAAAAAACAUUUACGUAAGAAUUCAGACCCAAUACUGAAAUAUCACAUAUACAUUAGUACUCAGACUCUUUACUCAGUACUUUGUUGAAGCACCUUUGGCAGCGAUUACAGCCUCAAGUCUUCUUGGGUAUGACGCUACAAGCUUGGUACACCUGUAUUUGGAGAGUUUCACCCAUUCUUCUCUGCAGAUCCUCUCAAACUGUCAGGAUGGAUGGGGAGCAUCGCUGUAAAAGCUAUUUUCAGGUCUCCAGAGAUGUUCAAUUGGGUUCAAGUCCGGGCUCUGGCUGGUCUUCUCAAGGACAUUCAGAGGCUUGUCCUGAAGCCACUCCUGCGUUGUCUUGUCUGUGUGCUUAGGGUCGUUGUCCUGUUGUAAGGUGAACUGUCUCCCCAGUCUGAGAUCAUGAGCGCUCUGGAGUAGAUUUCCAUCAAGGAUCUCUCUGUACUUUUCUCCGUUCAUCUUUGCCUCGAUCCUGACUAGUCUCCCAGUACCUGCCUCUGAAAAACACCCCCACAGCAUGAUGCUGCCACCACCAUGCUUCACCGUAGGGAUUGUGCCAGGUUUCCUCCAGGCGUGACACUUGGCAUUCGGGCCAAAGAGUUCAAUCUUGGUUUCAUCAGACCAGAGAAUCUUGUUUCUCAUGGUCAGAGUCCUUUAGGUGCCUUUUGGCCAACUCCAAGCAGGCUGUCAUGUGCCUUUUUACUGAGGAGUGACUUCCAUCUGACCACUCUAUCAUAAAGGCCUAAUUGGUGGAGUGCUGCAGAGAUGGUUGUCCUUCUGGAAGGCUCUCUCAUCUCCACAGAGGAACUCUUGAACUCUGUUAGAGUUACCAUUGGGUUCUUGGUCACCUCCUUGACCAAGGCCCUUCUCCCCCGAUUGCUUGGUUUGGUCGGGCAGCCAGCUUGAGGAAGAGUCUUGGUGGUUCCAACCUUCUUCCAUUUAAGAAUGAUGGAGGCCACUGUGUUCUUGGGGACCUUCAAUGCUGCAGAAAUGUUUUGGUACCCUUCCCCAGAUCUGUGCCUCGACACAAUCCUGUCUCAGAGCUCUACGUACAAUUCCUUCGACCUCAUGGCUUGGUUUCUGCUCUGACAUGCGCUGUCAACUGUGGGACCUUAUAUAGACAGGUGUGUGCCUUUCCAAAUCAUGUCCAAUCAAUUGAAUUUACCACAGGUGGACACCAAUCAAGAUGUAGAAACAUCUCAAGGAUGAUCAGUGGAAACAGGAUGCACCUGAGCUCAAUUUUGAGUCUCAGAGCAAAGGGUCUGAAUACUUAUGUAAAUAAGGUACUUCUGGUUUGUAUUUUUACUACAUUUGCAAAAAUGUCUAAACAUUGUAUUGAUUGAGGAAAUAAAAGUAAUUCAAAACAUUUUAGAAUAAGGCUGUAAUGUAUCAAAGUGGACAACAGAUACACUGUGAUGAAAUAUAUACAGACACAGUGUUAUACAAAUACACUGUUUGCAUACCUGAGUGUUUGUGAAUACAUCUACUGGUGUGUGUGUGUGUGUGUGUGUGUGUGUGUGUGUGUGUGUGUGUGUGUGUGUGUGUGUGGUGUGUGUGUGUGUACAGACCAUUGACAAUAAUGCCUGUUUGUAUGGAGAAUUAUUUUCAUAGAUAUUGUAUUGGGGAUGUUUUCAAGCCGAUGAAAGGUACUAUACUGUAUAACUAAUAAGAUGUAUUGAAGCCUUAUACAGCCUAUCGAGAGCUGACGACUAGAAGGGUCUAUCUGCAAAAAGAUCAUUCUGAGAUAAUUGGCUUUCAAGUUCUGAACCCUCAUUGGUUUAAACGGUGGCGGCUAUUUUUUUAAACUCUUGUAAUUCUUUGGAACUUAACAUGAAUUGUGGUACUCAUGAAUUGAGUACUAUAUACGUAGUGUAUUUAGAGUAUUAUAUACGUAGUGUAUUUAGAGUAUUAUAUACGUAGUGUAUGUAGAGAACAUUGUAUUUAGAGUACUAUGUAGUAUAUGUAGAGAACAUUGUAUUUAGAGUACUAUAUAUGUAGAGAACAUUGUAUUUAGAGUACUAUAUAGUAUAUGUAGAGAACAUUGUAUUUAGAGUACUGUAUAUGUAGAGAACAUAGUAUUUAGAGUACUGUGUAGUAUAUGUGGAAAAUAUAGUAUUUAGAGUACUAUGUAGUAUAUGUAGAGAACAUUGUAUUUAGAGUACUAUGUAGUAUAUGUAGAGAACAUUGUAUUUAGAGUACUAUAUAGUAUAUGUAGAGAACAUUGUAUUUAGAGUAGUAUAUAGAGAGAACAUUGUAUUUAGAGUACUAUGUAGAGAACAUUGUAUUUAGAGUAGUGUAUAUAUAGAGAACAUUGUAUUUAGAGUACUAUAUAGUAUAUGUAGAGAACAUUGUAUUUAGAGUAGUAUAUAUAGAGAACAUUGUAUUUAGAGUAAUAUGUAGAGAACAUUGUAUUUAGAGUACUAUGUAGUAUAUGUAGAGAACAUUGUAUUUAGAGUACUAUGUAGAGAACAUUGUAUUUCGAGUACUAUGGAGUAUACGUAGAAAACAUUGUAUUUAGAGUACUAGGUAGUAUAUGUAGAUAGAACCUUCUAGCCCCAACCUCUGCUGGUGUUUGUGACGCCUUUCAUAAUAUGACCUUUCAGCUUUCUGCUCUACAGGGAAAAGCUCAUGGUAUGAAAGAGUCAGAAGUAUUUAAAACCUGCGUGGAGGAACUGUUCUUAUUACUGUUCCACCCCUCUGGGGCGGAAGGGUAGCCUAUUGGUUAGAGCGUUGGACUAGUCACCGGAAGGUUGCAAGUUCAAACCCCCGAGCUGACAAGGUACAAAUCUGUCGUUCUGCUCCUGAACAGGCAGUUAACCCACUGUUCCCAGGCCGUCAUUGAAAAUAAGAAUUUGUUCUUAAUUAACUGACUUGCCUAGUUAAAUCAAGGUAAAAUACAAAAUAAAAUAAAACAUUACGAUGUCUGUAUCCUAAAUGGAACCCUAUAUAGUGUGCCAAUUAUGGUCAAAUCUAGUGCACUAUAUAGUGCGCCACUUCUGGUCAAAUCUAGUGCACUAUAUAGUGUGCCACUUCUGGUCAAAACUAGUGCACUAUAUAGUGUGCCACUUCUGGUCAAAACUAGUGCACUAUAUAAUUGCUUGCUGUUUGGGGGUUUUAGGCUGGGUUUCUGUGCAGCACUUUGAGAUAUCAGCUGACGUAAGAAGGGCUUUAUAAAUCAAUUUGAUUUGAACUGAACUGAAAGUACUGGUUCACAAAAUUGUACAAAGUAUUCAGAACUCAGUAAAAAUGAGUCCUGGGUCUGUGGUAUUUGUUCUACCCUCAUCCUUUACUUUAAAUAUUGACUUUGUUGCAUGUUAACAGCCAACCAAUCAAGCUUCAUUUGACCUCUCCUGUAAUAACAUGGUAUAUUACGGAAUAGUUGGGUACGUGUGGAGCUUUUGUUGGAUUGAAAACACAAACCAAUGAUUUAAAAAAAAAAAUGAAACCAGAGAUUCUUGUUGGUACUGCAUUGGCUUUACUUCACUGUCCGUCUCUGUCUGUGUCCCACAUGGACCCUAUUUCAUAUAGUCCUGCGAUACCAGGGCACAUAAGACUUUGGUCAAAAGUAGUGUACUAUAUAGGGAAUUGGGCUUUGUCCCAAAUACACCACCUAUGUUUAUUGUUUAUCAUGUAACCAUAACAUGAUGAAAUCAAAUCUGCCCCUCAGACUGUGGUUGCUACACAUCAUUUACAAUUCAAUGUUAAAUCGCCUCUGUAGUAUAUGUUAUAGUAAUUAGCAACAUCAACAAGAAUUUAGUGUUGUUCAACUAUUUCUCACUUUAGUUGGAACUAAUGUUUGGGGGAGGGAAACAUUUUUAUUUCUAAACAUAUUAAAAUAAUAGUAUAGUAUAUUUUAAAUGUCAGGGUACAUGCCAUUACAAAAAACAAAAAAAACCUGUCAGAAACGGAAUGUAUUUGCUUGACUGCUGGACACGUGAUUACAACCAGACGCUUCAAACCUGUUGCGUUCCAGCGGAAGUCCUUCGUCGCCCGUGGAGAUGUCAGCAACGAUCCGUUGCUAAAGGAAAGACGGGCUGAAACGUUUUGCAUAGUUAGAUUUCGGGUAUGUGAAUUGCAUAUACGAUGAUUGUUAAACGUGUGGGUGAUGAACAGUUUCAGGCAGCGCUUGUGUUGUCCACUGUGAUGUGAUGCUGUGACCAACAUUGGCCUGGAUGCUUCCGACAGAGAAAAGGACGUUUUUAUUAAUUUAGGAGCCUGAGCUAAAUAAAAUGUAAAAAAAAGUA